AUAUCUGGAUCGUCGCACUUCCCGAGAUCCACCAUUCUUUCUCUCAACAUUCUCCCAAUUUCUAGAUGUGCUCAAUUGUCGUCGUCACGGUCCUGAACUUCAAGUUUCUCUUCAAACCCGCAGCCAAAGCUGUCUUGUAGCGGAAGCAUAUGCACUUGCGGAGUGGACUCAUGGGUUGAGCAGAGCUAACUGACAUGCUUUGCGGGGGAAUUACUCACUGAUUCAGCAGCACUGGCAGAUCUGUGUGAGGCGUUGAAGGUUUUCUACGAGUCGCUGCUUCCCCAGCUAAUCCAAAGAGAUGCGGAUAGAGAUUCCGCAACAUCAUGCUGAAGUGGAAGAAAGUGUUGCGAGUGUGGGUUUAUAGAUUCGCGCUUUAUUGACGAUUGAGGUGAAGCAGAGGGUGGGGUUUUCGGAAAGCUGCAGCGUCACUCGAGUGCAGAGGGUGUGCCAGGUUGUAGUGGUUUUCGAAUUUCAGCGGACGAGGUAAGGAAGCCUAGCAGACGAGAACGUGAGUAAGUCAGCGCAAGAUGGUAGGCAAAGUGCAGGCGUCCCUAGCUGGUGCCCAUGGCAAGCAGUCUACUCAUCAUGCCAUGGUUCGAAGCAGUCAUCACACCCUAGUUCCGGAGAUCAUGGGUCGCUCGCGACCUGUUUCACAAAAGCUGAAAGCCGCCAGCAUCAAGAGGGCCAAAAAGGUUCAAGAGGGGAGGUACAGAGGGGUGCGGCAGCGGCCGUGGGGGCGAUUUGCGGCGGAGAUUAGAGACCCCAAUACUAAGGAACGGAAGUGGCUAGGCACUUUUGACACUGCUGAGGAUGCAGCUCUCGCUUACGACACUGCGGCAAGAUCUAUGAGAGGACCUAAGGCACGUACCAACUUUGUGUACCCUACGCAUGAGACCUGUCUUCUUUCCGCUGCAGCGGCACUGGCGGCGCCAAAUGGUAAUUCGCAGCAUCACCAGGUGGGUCUAAUCGCUCAGAAGACCCUUGGGGAAGUGCUGCUGCUCUCAGCAGCAAACAAUGCUCGCAACUGCAACUGGAAAAAUACUCAGCUGAAUUAUGAUGAACAUUCCAACAAUAUGUUCAAUGCACCAGCAGUACAGGAGCAACUGGUAGAAGGAUACAGGUUGCCUGGGUAUGGGUGUAGGUACGUAGACAGAAAGAUCCAACCAGCUUCUCAACAGAUGCCUCCUCCCAACGCUCUCCACAGCCCUUCGCAGGAUGAAAGAUUGGUGAUGCCGAAAAGUCCCUCGAUCAACAAGGUUGAGGUAGAAGGUUUUAAAGUAAGUCCGGGGAAGCAAGAGCAAUGGCAUUGCGUCUCUGACGAAGACCAACAAUUUCGUCUGACCCAAUUCAAACGGAGUCCAACUGUCAGUUCCGAGCUGUUUGUGUCACGCUAUUGCGGAGCAGGAUCCCAACCAUUUCAGGUCUUUGACAGCGAUGAUAUCUCAGUUUCCUCCGAAAACGAUUCACCACCAAGCGAUUCGAUUAUGCUUUACAAAAAAGCUUCUACAGUAACUUCUCCUUCGCAAGCACUAAUGCAGUGGCAGUUUGAGUCUAAAAUUAUAAGUGGCACACUGGACCAAGUAGUGUCGAAGUACGUGGACUCCAGCGUGAUCGUAAAUUUCGAAGACACAGGUUCAGAGCUUGGAGUCAUCGAGCCCAGAAAAUGUCUGCUAUCCACGCAAGUUCCAUUCUCAGACGAAUCUUCAUCCUCAAUAUCUACGAUGUCACGCUCUGCUGAUACAGCGUCUUCGCCCACCAGAGCUGCUGCUGACAGCCCAGGACUGUUCUCUCUCUCUUCAGAAGUCGAACCGAGUUUAAGUAACCUUACUGCUAACGAGGGCUGUAACCAAUCGAGCCCCGUUAUAGCUGUGAAUAGAUUUCCAAGCCGAAAUCCGGACAACUUGGAAAGCAUCCUACCUUCCAGCCUCAUAUGCAACCGGGGGUAUCACAGUGCGGCUCCCAAUGCAGAAUGGGUGUGGGACAAGCCUGAUCUUCAUCCCCUGACAGCUUUGGAUAGCACCGCUAUAACUUCCAGAGUCGACAAGGUCACGAAAUGUGAUCCUAAUCACAACACCUGGCAAAAUCUUUGCGAGCUACCAGUUUCCAUCACCCAGUUCCUGAGUUCUGAUUCAACUAAUGUUAUGAACAGUGCGAAACAGGAGCAGUUACUUCAACGAUGCGAGGCGGUAUCCACAAUGAACCAAUGGCAAAUGAAUCUUCAAGGGGUCGGGGAGAACUUGGAGAGUUUUAACCCAAUGGUUGACUGGGACAUUUUCAAGCGCUGCGAAGACUCUUCGUGCAUGGCGUGUACGCAUUCAGACACCAAUGUAUCUGGAUUCUGCAACGAUUUGUACAUGCUUGACAAUGUGCACCAUGCUGCCCAUUCCAUUGCUCUGCAAUAUCCUUCGUGUGACAAUGCAUGUUUGUUUCCACAGUUCACGGAAGACUCUAUGCUGUACGUUUGAUCUUACGGGGUACUGGAGCUCUUUGAUUAGUCUCGAUCUCCUCAGGGUAACUAUGUUCAAUGAUUGAGGGUGAUUCGGUUGCUAGCUGCAGCGCAAGUACAAUGAAACAUCCUUCUGAGCGGCAGUUCGCGAGUUUAGACUCGCUGGACUGCACUGCUUAUUUGCAGAAUCUUACUGCUGUAAUUCUUAUUGCAAAGUAUUUGAAAUGUCAGUUCCAAUCAUGUACUUGGAAAGUAGGAUGUUUCCUUUGGACGUUAAGGCAGCUGUGAAUUUUGGACAACACCCACUUUCUUUUGCUACCCUCAGGAUUUGCCGGUUAUUUUCCUCUACAUUAGUCGUGGUUCACUUCUGCAAGUUGAGGUGAACUUCUGUGAAGUCAUGACUUCACAAUCCUCCUAAGAUGGAGGAAUUUGGUAUCGAAUGUCGUGAAAUACGAGUUGGUGCAGAGCGACUGUCAA